AUGACUCAAAGUCUCAAAAGGCGGCCGAUAGCAGCCGGUGCCACCCAAGCUUCUAGACCGGCUCAACCACGACCCCGUGGGCUAAGCGCAACGCACCCAACAUCGCGCCCUUCUCCUCUUGCGAUAUCGGCCGUUCCUGUUUUUAGCCCUCUUGCAGCUGGCGGCCCGGUAGUGCGAGCAAUUGGGCUCGAGACAGUAGACGGCGAGGAGUGGCAAAGAGAGGGAAAAAAGGUCGAGCUACUGGCGAUAGUGAACCCUGCAGGAAGAGGACCCUUGAAGAUGGACGGAGUCGGGAUUGACCAAUUCCACCACCAACACCUCAAAAAAGGUCCUUUCUCAGCGCAACAAUUACCAUUGCAUCCCCCGCGCAAACGCAAGGCCGAAACGGCCCCCGAGAACAAUGAGCGCCUUUCCAAACGGCUGAGUUUGUUGAAUCUCGGUAUGCUGCGGCCCGUCCUAUCACAGCGACCCCCAUCUAUCCCACCUCAACCCCACCAGCCAGUUAACACGGCGCCAGAACAAUCCGGCCAAAAGCUCUACGUCCCAGUCGAGAACCCCAUUUCCCAGUCCUCACAACAACCCACCACCGCCAGCCCCAAGAAACACCACUCCCGAAAACCCCCCGCCGCCGAUGACACCCAGAUGCAGCUCGACGACACCAAACACAAAGUGUACAUCUACAACCUUGACGACGAGCUCUCCUCCUCGGACAACGACAGCGACCACGAGAGCAAGCUGGUCUUCCUCCCGGACAUCGAGAAGCAUCUGCGUAGCAGCCGCAUCCCGAGCCACGUGCUGGACCCGCGGCCCGGCGGCGGCGGCGGCGGCGGUGGCAAGGAGCUGGUGCUGUAUCGCGUGCCGAGCUCCCUCACGGUGCCCGAGGAGCAGGACAGCGUCCGCAAAGCUAUUAUUGAGGCCCGUGAGCGGGCGCGGGAAAAGCAGCGGGUGGAGAGGGAGCAGAGGGAUGCUCCGGGCGUGAUGGUGCCGGAAGUGAUGGCAUCGUCACCGUCGUCGUCGUCGUCGGUGGGAGGAGGGGUGCCCAUGGAUACCGAGUUGUUACCGGUGUUGGAAGAGGACGAUCCGGAUGCGAUGGAACUCGAUUAA